AUGAACCACUUUGGCCCCUCAGCCCUAAUCAACCUCUCCAAUUUCUCAUCCAUAAAACCGGAACCAGCCAGCACCCCUCCACAAGGCUCCAUGGCCAAUAGCACUACAGUGGUAAAGAUACCGGGUACUCCUGGGACAGGAGGGUGUCUCAGCCCUGAAAACAAUCAGGUACUGACCAAGAAAAAAUUACAAGACUUAAUAAGAGAAGUGGAUCCUAAUGAGCAAUUGGAUGAAGAUGUGGAGGAGAUGCUGCUGCAGAUUGCUGAUGAUUUUAUUGAGAGUGUGGUGACAGCGGCCUGUCAGUUUGGUCAGCAUCACAAGUCCAGCACCCUGGAGGUGAAAGAUGUCCAGCUGCAUCUAGAACGCCAGUGGAACAUGUGGAUCCCAGGAUUUGGCUCUGAAGAAAUCCGACCCUACGAAAAGGCGUGCACCACAGAGGCCCACAAACAGAGAAUGGCACUGAUCCGGAAAACAACCAAGAAAUAACACAUGGGAAAGUCAGGGAAUGGACAACAAUGUAUUUGGAGAUACUUGAGCUGAGACCUCAGCCAUCUCAUCCUUGGAUUUUUUUUUUAAUGCUUUACAGA